AAUGAUGGAGCAUUCACGUACCAACUGUAAGCUGGUUUUGUUCAAAUUCCUGCAUGGGUUCAUUCUUUUAUGCAUGAGCACUUGCCUCGAAUCUACAACACUUCGCAACCUUACUCUCCUUGGAAAUGAAUCUGAUCGCUUGGCACUGCUAGACUUCAAGAAAAGAAUAACAGUUGAUCCUUUCAAUGCCAUGAGCUCAUGGAAUCAUUCCAUCCAUUUCUGUAGUUGGGUUGGAGUUUCAUGCCACCGUUCCACCAAAAGAGUCUUGAUGUUGAACCUGAAAUCAAAAAAGUUGGUAGGCUCCAUUCCAUCUUCUAUUGGAAAUCUUACUUAUCUUACUGGAAUCAAUUUGAGUGACAACAACUUUCAUGGGGAAAUUCCUCCAGAAAUGGGUCGUCUACAAAGCCUACAAUAUCUCAACCUUUCUCAUAAUUCCUUCCAUGGGAAAAUUCCAACCAAUUUGUCGCAAUGCACGCAACUAAGAUUGCUUGAUCUAAAAGCCAAUCGGAUUAUGGGGUCCAUUCCGAACCAACUCAGUUCAUUGUUGAAUUUAAAAUAUCUAUGGCUUUAUGGUAAUAAUCUCACUGGAACCAUCCCACCUUGGAUAGGAAACUUUUCUUUGUUGAGUGGUCUUCAUCUUGGUCGGAACAAUUUUCAAGGAAGCAUACCCAAUGAGCUUGGGCAUAUAACAGGCUUGGAGGAGUUCUUAGUUCACCUUAAUGAUCUAUCUGGUAUGAUCCCAUCCCCAAUCUAUAAUAUUUCUUCCAUAUCCACUUUUAGUGUUGCUUUCAACCAGUUGCAUGGAGAGCUACCACCAAAUCUCGGCACUAUGCUUCCUAAUCUCAUAAAAUUUCAGUGCGCUAUGAACAAAUUCAAAGGAAAUAUUCCUAUAUCAUUGUCAAAUGCUUCUAGACUUCAGUUGCUUGAUCUUUCUCAAAAUGGCUUCUCUGGGACAAUCCCUGGUGAGAGUCUAGGAAACUUGCAAAGCUUAGUUUGGCUAAACAUUUAUGGCAAUCAGUUAGGAAAUAGAAAAGUUGGUGACUUGAAUUUUCUUAGUUUCUUGGCUAAUUGCACUAGAUUGGAGAUUUUGGCUCUUGACAGUAAUAAUUUUGGAGGAGGAAUCCCGGGAUCCAUAGCCAACUUGUCGACCCAACUUAAUAUUCUUGGUCUAGGGUUAAAUUUGAUACAUGGAAGGCUCCCUAACGGCAUUGGAAACCUUAUAAACUUGAAUAUUCUAGCAUUAGACAAUAACCAUUUGGGUGGUAGUGUCCCGCUUGAAAUUGGGAAGCUAAAGAAGUUAGAGCAACUGUAUUUGGAUGCUAAUGAAUUUUCUGGGUCAAUCCCGUCUUCCCUUGGUAACAUGACUUCAUUGUUAAACCUUUACAUGGAGUUCAAUAGGUUUGAGGGCAAUAUACCUCCAAGUCUGGGAAAUUACCAAAACCUAUUAGAUCUUUCCCUUUCCAGUAACAACCUUACGGGCACCAUACCUAAAAUGCUUAUGGAGCUUUCAACUGUUUCAAUUUCUUUAGACCUGUCUGAUAAUUAUUUGACGGGUCUGAUGCCCUUUGAGGUGGGUGAUUUAGUGCAUCUCACAGAGCUAAAUGUAUCAAGAAACAAUUUAUUAGGUGAAAUCCCGAGCACCCUCGGCAGUUGUACUAGUUUGGAGCGCUUGUCUUUGCAAGGUAAUAAGUUUGAAGGAACGAUUCCUCAAUCUCUUAAGAAUUUGAAAGGCUUGGAAAAACUUGAUAUUUCAAGCAACAACUUGUCUGGGCCGAUUCCUGAAUUCAUAGGCAAGCUUGGUGCUCUCAAGUAUCUCAAUCUUUCGUAUAAUGAUUUUGAGGGAGAGCUGCCUAAAGAUGGUAUUUUUGCAAAUGCUAGUGGUGUUUCUAUUCUUGGAAAUCAUAGGCUCUGUGGUGGCAUCCCACAAUUACAUCUACCUUCAUGCCCCCCAAAAAAACACCAUUCAUCUCGAGGACUACAUUCCUCAAAAGUAGUCAUCCCCAUAGCCUGUGUAUUUGGAAUCAUAAUUGCUCUAUCAUUCUUCUGUGUCGCUUGUUCAAUGCUGAAAAAGUCAAGAGAUAGACUUGCAACUUCACGUUCAUAUAAGGAUUGGAAAUCAGGUGUCUCCUACUCACAACUCGUUGAAUCAACUAACGGAUUCUCUGCGGAUAAUCUUAUUGGUUUGGGAAGUUUUGGUUCUGUUUAUAAAGGGGUAAUUCCUAGUGAUGGAACAAUAGUUGCUGUUAAGGUACUAAACCUUCAACAACAAGGAGCUUCCAAGAGUUUCAUAGAUGAAUGCAAAGCUUUAAGGAGUAUAAGGCACCGUAAUCUUCUCAAGAUCAUAACUGCAUGCUCGAGCAUUGAUAACCAGGGCAAGGACUUCAAAAGUCUAGUUUUCGAGUUCAUGGCAAAUGGAAGUCUAGACUCAAUGUUGUAUCCAUUAUAUGAAGAGGAAUCUCCAAGCAAAAGAAUGAGUUUUAUGCAAACAUUGAACAUCGCCAUUGAUGUUGCUUCUGCGUUAGAUUAUCUCCACCACCAUUGUGAAACGGCCAUUGUUCAUUGUGAUCUAAAGCCGAGCAACGUACUACUUGAUGAAGAUAUGGUAGCCCAUGUUGGGGAUUUUGGUUUGGCAAGGUUCCUCUUCGAAACAUCAAAUGAUCCCUCCUUCAGUCAAACAAUGUCAUCUCAGCUAAAGGGUUCUAUAGGCUACAUUCCUCCAGAGUACGGCACAGGAGGCCAAGUUUCCAUACUUGGAGAUGUUUACAGCUAUGGGAUACUAUUGCUGGAAAUGUUCACAGGAAAAAGACCUACCGAUGACGUGUUUAAAGGCGGUCUAAGCAUUUACCAAUUUGUAGCCAUGGCUUUGCCUGACCAUGUCAUGGACGUUGUUGACCAUUCAAUUAUCCUCGACCUCGAAACAGAUGCUGAUGUCAACAAUGACAUAGUGCGAGAACGAACUCCAUCCAGAUGUAACAAUGGUGGCUCGGUGAAAGCAAAGAAAUUAAAGGAAUGCUUGGUUUCAGUGAUGCAGAUAGGACUCUCUUGUUGUGCAACGUCACCAAGGGAGCGGAUGCUGAUGGACGCGGUUGUCAGAAAAAUGAGCGCAAUCAGAGACACGUACCUCAAAGUUUAAGAAGACUUGACAAGGACAAAGCAUGCUACCCAAAGGAGAAAGGACAUGAUCACUCAUCAAUAAUAUUUUCCACUAUCUACUCACCAAAAUUUUCUUUCUAUUUUUGCUUUCUUUCUCUUGCUAUCGCUUUGAAUUUUUUCUCGUUGAUGUUUGUGGUGUGUUUUACUUAUAUGACUUGAAGCUUUUGAAUUUUAAUUUGUGUGGUGUUUUUAGAAUUUUAAUGAUUAGUGGUUUUUGUUGGAUAAAUA